AUGAUGAACAUUGACUUUAUCACGCUGACUACCAAACCCUCGGCGCAGUUAAGCUACAACUUCCAGGCCUCCACUGAGACCACCAAGCCCGUACUGGUCGUCUUCCUCAAUGGAUUGGGACUCCCACAAGACUUCUGGCAUCCAGUAAUUGCCCAUCUGAAGACUCUCCGUGAAGGCCGCAAUAUUCCCAGCUUCCUGACUUACGACCGUUUCGGCCAAGGUCAAACAACGGAUCGCGAUCCCCUGGAUGAUGGAGCCGAGGAUCCCACACACGGUCACGACUGUUUAGCCGCUGUCAAAGAUCUACGCCAAUUGAUCAUCCAAGUCAGUCAAGAAAAGCUAGGAAUCUCAGAGGUAGACUCCGUCUCCGUCGUCCUGGUCGCCAAUUCCAUCGGUGGUGCUCUCGCCCGUCUCUACGCCCAACAUUACCAAGGCACUGUCUCCGCUCUCUUACUGCUCGACAGCAUUCUAGCAAACUCCGACUUCGUCUCCGUCUUCCCCGACCCAGACGCUGCAGACUUUGAUUCCGCCAGUAUUCACCCUAUUCCCGUUGAGGCUAUCCGCGCGGUGCGGGCUGGUGCCCGUCGCAUCUUCCAUCCUAGUGUCGGCAACAAAGAAGGCCUUAGUCGCCGCAACUUGCGCGACCUGCUACCAGCUAGCGACGGGCCCUUGCUCCAAGGCCCUGGUGGCCAUGGCCCAUAUGUUACCGUGGUGGGCCAUGAUUUUGAUACUUUUGCCGAGGAGUCGGCGAAGAUGGGACCACCUAAGGGUGUGACCAACCGCUUUGUCAACCCCUACUGGCAGCGGUAUAAUGAAGGGUUGGCUAAGAUUACGGAAUCGAGAUAUAGCAAGGGUCCCAUGAUCGCGCCGAAUACGGGCCACUUUGUGCAGAAGGAUAACCCAGAGUUUGUAGCUCAGGAGCUUGAUGAGUUGCUCGACAAGGUUCUAUGA